GCCGCGCUGUAUGGGCAGGGCCUGCCCGGUCAGCCUGCGCAUGCGCGGAGAGCGAGCGCAUCCUACCGCGAGGGCUGGCGGCAGGCCUCGUGCGCGGCUGGGGGCAUGGCGAAGAGCCUGAGGAGCAAAUGGAGGAGGAAGAUGCGGGCGGAGAAAAGGAAGAAGAACGCGCCCAAGGAGCUGGAGAGGCUGAAAAAGAUCCUGGGAACCAAUGCGGAUGUCGUCAUGGAGGAGGUCAAGGAGGUGGCGACCGUGCUGCCGCCCCAAAAAGUCCUCGGGCAGCAGGCCGAUGACUGCAAAAUGGACGUAGAUAAUAAACGGAACAAAAAAACUCUUCUAGACCAGCAUGGACAGUACCCAAUAUGGAUGAAUUCCAGGCAGAGAAAGAAGCUUAAGGCACAGCGUGUUAAAGGGAAAAAAAAAUCAAAAUUGGCCAAAGGCCUUGUCUGGUAAAAUUGGAGUUUUGUAAGAUCAUGAAUAUUUUACUUGCAAAAUAAUUAUCCCAAAUAAUACAUUUUAUUUUUGUGCUUGGCCACCAAUAUAAUAUACUGUGUUGCAUGAAUUUUUUAAGAGACUGUUAGGCCAGCAAAUGAUGACAGCAAUAUCGACUUGGUGUCUAACAAACUUAGAAAAAUCAAGCUGAGUGCAUUUGAAUAGACUGUCUGUGGUGAUCUGUUUUGUUGAGGGGGAAAGGGUCUUCGUCUUUUAUAUUGUGAAUGUUGAAAAUGCUAAAGGAACUCCUAAAAAUAAUAAAACUGUAAAUGGUUUUUGUACUGUGGUCUUUGUCAGUGUAACUUGUCUUUUAGUAAAUUCAACCAAAGGAUUGUGUAAACUUGCCAUAUCCUUUAAAUUCUUCUGUAAAAUUACUUUUGUUGCGUGGCUGUGUUGCUUUUAACAUGUGGUAAUUAAUGAAAAUGGGCUUUUGACAUGUAAUUUAAAAGAGAUUAUACACUGAAAUCAACUCCAAAGCUUUGUAAAAGUUCUGUAAGUAAAAAGACAAUAUCAACUGACUUCAGCUCCCAAAGAGAAGGUUGUUGGAACAAAGAAGUAUUUCGCUGCUGUCUGCAACUGAAAUAUUGUAGGAACUAAAUAACUGAAAAUAAAAAUGAUUUAUUAUUAAUAUGAGAGAAUGCAGAUGCACAGAUUGGAAAUAAAGUAGUUUUUAUUUAA